GCAAAAAAUAAACAAUUGUAAAUAUCAUAAAAGCACUUCAGAGUUGUAAUUUCGUAUCAACUUGUUCCAAGAGAUAGAUUUUUCAGUUUGCUAUUCAAUCUGACAUGUUUUAGUGGAUGUUUUGCUCAUUUUUUUAGUUCAGUCCAAAAUUGAUAUUCUGUACAAUUUCUCUCCAUUUAAAAAACUUUGCGAUUUGGCGGGAGUUUUGCACACUUCCGUGUUUACAUUUUAUUGUCAAUUUCUCAUCAGAUUUCUAAUUCAGUUGCAGUCUUAUAUAACCAGCUGUAACUGAUCUGAUGUCGAUAUAGACAUUCAUAAACAUAUGUCAAUCGUGACUGAUAGGAAUUCAACUUUCAAAACCGAACUAUAAAGUAUCACUAUCAGUGACUGGGCUAAAAUUGAGAAGAUGACCUCCUCCACCUCUUACAUGAGCACAUGUUAUGAAAGCUAUCUGCAAAAUGACGGCUCAAAAGAUGGCCCUGGAAAUUUGAAAAGAAAGAGAGAACAUUCAUCAUUGGACAACACUUGUGAGCCUGAAGACUUGGACGAAGACUCGUGCUGCAUGUUAGAAUAUGUCCCGAAAAUUGCUGAGUUUUUCCGUAUCGUUGAGAAGAUUGGUGAAGGGACCUUCAGCAGUGUUUACUUGGCAAAGUUGAAGUCGCAGCCAGACGUUGAUCAGAUGUUCGCGUUGAAGCAUAUCAUCCCAACUAGUCAUCCGUCACGCAUUGAAAAUGAGCUGAAGUGCCUGCAGUUGAUUGGGGGUGUUGACAAUGUGAUUGGUGUAAGCUGCUGCAUCCGAGAGAAGGACCAUGUAGUCAUAGUCAUGCCUUACUUCAAACAUGACAAAUUUCAGAGUUACCUCCAGUCCAUGACUAUCUCAGAGAUCUGCAGCUACAUGAAGCAUUUACUGAUUUCUUUGAGAAGGGUUCAUCAGUUCGAUAUCAUUCAUCGAGAUGUCAAACCUAGCAAUUUCUUGUACAAUAGAAAGAGGAAAAGUUAUGCUCUUGUCGACUUUGGCCUCGCUCAUAAAGCUACGGUGCUACUAAAGGAAAAGAAAGAGGAAGAUUCAGAUAAAGCGAGCCUAUCUCCGGGCAAGCGCAAGACUCGCAGAUCAGUGGAGAACAAGACUCCAGCCUCCCCGGAGAAGUCACAACAGACCGACACGAAGAGUAGUUUGAGCGAACGAAGUCAGAAUAUCUUUGAUAGCGGAAAAAUGACAAUGAAAACAAACGAAAAGGCAUCUGAGGCAAAGAAAAGUCGCAUUCCAGAUAAACCUGUUGCAGUAUUCAAGGCUUUUAAAUCGCCGCGGCGAACAUUGUUGAAUACGCGGGCCAUCAUGGCGAGUACUGGGUUGACACUGACGCGGAAUGAUUCUGUGAAGCGGUCAAUGGAUGGAACAUUGGCCCAUCGUCGGACGUUGUCGAAACCUUUCGGGUUCAGAGGAGGACAGUCCACUGUUACCUGCCAUUGUUUUGGGACGCCAUCGGUUUGUACGAUGUGUGUUUCAAGGGCAAACCAGUCAGCGCCCCGUGCCGGAACCCCAGGCUACAGAUCACCGGAAGUCCUCAUGAAGUGUCCGUCUCAAUCAACAUCAGUCGAUAUCUGGUCUGCAGGCGUUAUAUUCCUUUCACUCCUCACCCAACGUUAUCCAUUUUUCCGAGCCAACAAUGACAUGACGGCCCUUGCUCAGAUCAUCAGUGUCAUGGGAAGCGGGGAUGUGCAGAAGGCUGCGUUGACUUACAACAAGAGUAUGAUCUGCAGUCCAAACAGGCCCACAGCCCAUCUGAAGAACAUGUGCAUCGCACUUCGGCGAUGUACCAAGUCACCAAAGCAUCGCGCCAAGCGAUCGUGUCCGGAAAAACCGGACGAACACGACCCGCUCUGUGACGUCCCAGACACGGCGUACGAUCUCCUGAAACGGUUACUGGAUGUGGAUCCGAACACGAGGAUAACAGCGGAGGAUGCAUUGAAUCAUCCUUACUUCACAUCUUGAUCUUGAAUUUGAACUUGACUUUGAUCUUGUAGACUGGUUCCCUGUCACAGUAAUGUACAUGUAUGGUAGACACCUUCCCCUGUUCAAGUGGUAAGCUGAUAAUUCUAGGAUGGGUACUGUCCAAGGGAUAGUCGCAUCUGAUUGGUGGGUGUACAAUGACGAUAUUCACUGACUGAGAGCAAAAUAAUAACAACAUCGGCAAUUACCAGAAGAAAAGUGUUUCAUUAGAAGUGUCUAUUUUAAGUGUUGGAGAACGCUUUUGUCUGCUUGGGUCUUUUCUAUGGUUUGUAGUCUUGUUGAUAUGAAAAUUUUUACUUUUUGUAAUAAA